AUACCAUUCUCCAGUCCCAUUUGAUUUGAAGAACAGUCUGAGAAGAGUGACAUGGCGGUUCUUCCCACCACAAACUGCCACAGACCCCAAAACCAGAACCCGAUCUUCUUCACCCAUCAAAGCCACUGCUCCGCCGGCUUCGCCAUUCGGUUUAAUGGCCGGAAACUCCGCCGGCCCUUAAUCCUCUGUGAAUCGCGCGCCAAAAGGAAUUCAAGCGCGAACAGCGAGCAAGACGGUGAAGUGGACAAUCUGGGGAUUAGAGCUGCAUUAUCCGUGCUUAAGUUCUACAAACGAGAAAUCUCGCCGCUAUUGCCAAAAAGCUGUCGCUAUCUACCUACAUGUAGUGAGUAUUCUAUGCAAGCUUACAAGAAAUAUGGUGUUACGAAGGGCACCAUCUUGACUGCUUGGCGCCUCUGUCGCUGUAAUCCUCUUGGUGGAUCUGGCUUUGAUCCUCCGCGGUGGUUUGAUGAAGAAAGCUUUCCAGAACCAGAAGAUUGACAAUUUCAAAUACUGCAUCUAAUAUGUUUUGUAGGCCACUGUGGUUGAGCGUUAUGCUGUUGGGGGAAAUCUGUGGGGACUAAUUUCAUGUUCAGAGUGAGGAACGUUGUAGAGAUAAGCAUGUUAUACAAAUGAAAUUUAAUGUAAAAUUGUUCUUUUGGAAUAUAGUUGUAAAUGGUAAGGUAGAGAUUUGACAUUUGACCUGUUAAUAAAGUUUUUGGUGUCUUGAUCA